UGCUGUGACAGACAGGUCCGCUUAAAAGUUUCGAGUCUGAAUGUUCGCAUGCGAAUGAUCUGCUCGGGUCAAAUGACUGGUGGAAACUGCUGACAUCGGAACUGCAAGGAAGCUUACAGUCUUCCGCGUCCCAAGAUUCGUGUAUGAACGACAACAAGGGAUUUUGCAACGAGCCGUUUGGAAGCCGAAACUCAAAUAUCAGGCCCAGAGCUUGGUCAAAUUUAGAUUCUGCCACGCGAAAUGUGACCAAUUCAGAAAGCACGGAGGUGUGCUGCAAAGAGAGUCCACCCCACAGUUCAGUGACUAUGAUGGAAAAGAUUGAGAACAACGAGGACGAAUUGGAGAAGAAAGAGCAGGAAAUUAGCUGCUAUGGACCAAGUUAUUGGAAGCACUGGUUUGAAGAAAGUGACUUCAAGUUUUGCAAGAAUAUUCUAAAAUAUGCCCUCUCAAGGAGACGUACAAAGCGGAAGCCUCCGCUUCCAGAUUCUGACUAUGCGAUCAUAUCUCAACGUGAGCGGAAGGAAGUGCUAUUGGGUAACAAACAAUAUCCUCAAGGAAGAUCAAACCCUCCCGAAAUAUCACGAUUUGCGGUUCCAGGUGCAUGUUUAGCAAUGCAGGAUUGUUCCAUGGUUGCUAGAUUGAGUGCGGCUGGCGAUAUCCUUGGUGAAGAAGAGGAAGCCGUUUCAAAAGCUGGUCAUUUUGACAAGGUAGAUGCAACUGCUCACUGGUCCUCAACAGAUAACAACGAGAGCUCACAAACAGAAGCAGUGUACUUCAAUCAGUGUGGCUUUCCUCUGUCAUGUUUUAGCUCAAUUUCCAGCAGUAGAUUCGGUGAGCAAAAGAGUGGCACUUUGAGAAAAGGAAGAAACGAUGGCAGGUAUAACGCCUGCCACACUGGAAGUUCAUCCUCGAAGGGGCUUAACUGCAAAAUAUCAAACUCUAUUCCUCGUGAUGGCAAUUUUUCCCUCUUGCCUUCGAAACCGGAGAGAGUUUCCUCUUGUGGAGACACAGGUAAACCGACCACGAGAGGAGAAACUGUUUAUCAAAAUGCCACUUGUGGUGACAAGAGCUCGCAACUUUGCCAGUCAGAGCAACUUCCCUCUUCCGCUCUUCCGGAUAUCAGCCGUGGUAUCAUUGCUGGUAAACCGAGGGAAGGCCAUCUCUUCGAGUGCGGAGUAACUGCAAAUCCUCCGUUUGAUGAUGAGGGUGUGAACGGUCGGUCAUACUACCACCCAGUCAACCUUCACCCCACUGAUGGUUCUUUGAAUUCUCAUAGAAGCGAAAGUAGUUCUCAAGUUGGCAUUGAUCAAAGACGUGAGCAUGCAAUGAAGGAGGAAAGUGAAAAUAUGAAUCCAGGUGCGAAUAGAAGCUCAGAAACCAGCGGAGGCAGUACUAGAUCAGAAGAUUCUUCUCUCUGGAAACGCAGUUUUGGUUCUCAGAAGGACCCUCGGGACUCGGAACUUCGUCGACACCAGUUUGGUGUAAGUGGUUCUCCGGAAGUGCCAUCCGAUAGAUGUGGUUCUGCAGAGGUGCCGUCGGAAAAUGGCCCUGUGCCUUUUUCGUUCGAGCCAUCUGGUGUUACCCACCCGAAAGAUGUCUUUGACAUCCACUCGAAGGCAAAAAACCCGAAGGCUCGCUGUUGCGAGCUAGCUACUUCUCUUGGUCUGUCAAGUGAUUGCCUCGACAGGUUGCAAAAGCUUGUACUUAAUGUGACUCAAUGCAAAGACGUGGAAGAGUCUGCUCUGAAAGCAGCAGUGAAUCAACUCCUUUCAGCGGACUUCGGGAAAAGCACGGUUGCCGGGUUAGUCAGUGAACAGCUCGAUUUGAGCAAGAAAGGUGAGCAAAAACAGCUGUCCCUGUCAGAUGUGGGCAGCAAAUCUCCAUCUUGUUUUGUGGAAAGGAACGAGGGAGUAAACUCAUCGGAACAGUGCUCUGCGGAACCCGGUGUUCCAAGACAGAGUUCAACAAAAUUCUGGGAUUUGAAUGCAAGAUCCCUGCAGAGAAACGGCAUCCGAGGAGCAUACAUUUCGGAUAGCAACCAGGGUCUGCAGUUGCUCCUUGCUUCAGAUGAACUUGCUGGAGCUCGAAGUCUUCAUCUACCUCCCAGAGUUGCAGUUCGCUUGGCAUCGGGACGAACCGGUCAACUAAGUGAUAAUGAAGAUAAGAAAUUUCCGGGCCCCUGUUAUUCUUCCGUGAACCCUCUAUUUGAAACGGAUUUUGAACGGAUGUCCAGUCUUUCGAGUUUAAACGUGGCACGAAGUCAACCAGCGCAAGCAGGAUCAGCUAGCGAAACUACAAAUCCAGUAUCCACGUCGCGGUGUUUGUCAUCUCUCAGCCAACCGAUCUGUCAAAAUGGUCCUUACUCUGAAAGUCCAGCAACCGGUGCAGUUGCAGAAGUGGUUGAGCUCAAUAGUAAUUUUCCCAACUUUGACACCAAAGUGUGUUCUUCACCAAUUCCAACGACAGCUAUUUCAACCAAAGGAUUGUUGGACCUUGGUGCAGAAAAUGUUACGCAGUCCCUUCUUCUUGUGCAUCCGACUAGCGUCAUGAAGGGUCAAGACUUUUCUCUAGAACGAGCUAGUUUUGGCCACGGUUCAGCAACACGAAAAGAUUGUACAUGCUGUGCUACUGGAGUUCCUGUCGCUAAUUUUCGACUUGGUACAACUCCAGGCCAAGAGCUUUGUUCACCACCGCCAACUUUAUGUUGUGUUCCACCACCACCACCACCACCCCCACCUCCUCCGCCUCCACCACCACCUCCUCCUCCUCCUCCUCCACCACCUCGAGCUCCACCUUCGGCCCCUCCUCCACCCCCUCCAAGGCCACCACCGUCAGCCCCGCCUCUACCACCUCUUAAGAAGCCGGGAGCUUCUGCUCCUACUGAUUUGACGAAAGAAAUUUCAGAUGCUGAUGGCAAACGACCGAAGAUGAAGCAACUUGUAUGGGAUAAAAUCAGUGGUGCUAUGGCUGAGCAGACUGUUUGGAAGACUGCAACUUUGACCUCAGUCCAAAUGGACUUGGAAGAGCUCGAGUCCUUGUUUGGCGUUAAAGAAACGAGUCAACACAACAUCCCAAAGAAGACAACGUCUUCUCGCAAGAAAGAUCAAGGAGUGCAGGUCUUGGACCACAAAAGAGCACACAAUGUUGGAAUUCAGUUGCGAAGUCUGAGAAAACCAGUCCCUGAGUUGUGUCAAGCUCUGCGUGACAGUGAUGAAACAGUUCUGAACAUCGAGGUGCUCAAUGUCAUGCUAAAUACUCUGCCCAAUCAAGACGAUCUUCUCCUUCUGAAAAACUUUCAGGGAGAUUUGUCAGACCUUGCGGAGGUCGAGAAGUACUACUUGGAGCUUUCAAGCAUUCCAAGAUACGAGAAGCUCAUCAAGGCUUUGAUUUUCAAAGGCCAGUAUGCACUCAGCUAUCUGCAGAUUCAGCAAGAAUUGAAGCUGUUGGAACAAGCUUGCGAUCAGCUGAAGGCUAGUCAGAGCUUCCUCAAAAUUCUGGAGAUGGUGCUUGCUGUGGGUAACCAUCUAAAUGGCGGCAGUUUCCGAGGAGCAGCCAGCGGGUUCAAGCUUGGUGCCUUGCUGAAGCUAAUGGACGUCAAAAGUCACAACAAGAAAACUACUCUUUUGCACUUCGUCGUCGCCGAACUGUUGAGGACUGAUGAAAAGGUGGGAAAGCUUGCUGAAGAGCUUAAAUCAGUGAAGACAGCGGCUAACUUGAGCCUGGAGCGGUUGCAGUCCGGUCUGAAGGAGUUGGAGAAUGGAGUGGAGCUCAUCAAUUCCGAAGUUGCUCAGUCUCGUGAAGUGGGUGUCAAGGAAAAAGAAACUGGUGGCGACGGUCAAGAGAAACAGCUUUUGCACAUCAUGUCCCCAUUCUACGAAAAGGCGGAAUCAGAAGUAAAUGGUCUUCGCAAAGUCUAUGACACGACCCUGACGAAGUUAAAACAUCUUGCGGUCUACUACGGUGAGACUUUGAAGGAGGAGCGGUUGAUAGAGCUGUUCAAAACCAUGCGCGAGUUUCUAUUCAUGUUUGAUCAAGUGAGUACCGAACUCAAAGAGUCGAGGCGGCGUGAAGACGAAGCCGCAAACAAACGAGCAGCAUUUUACUCCUGUCCCGCCUCUCCAGCCAAAGGGUCCGGCCCGGGAGUCGUCACGUCAAAAGACCCUCACAAUCCGACAGCUUUUCAGCUCACGCCACCCCCACCCCCUGUCCCACUCAAGGACGCUUAUGCCAAGCCGGUGGACUUAAGAAUCACUUCUCUCCUGAAGAACAACCACUCCUUUCCUUUCUUUAGAGCGGAUCUACCAACCAAUGCAGUUGCUGAACUAGAAACCAAAACGGACCAAUAUUCGAGCUCAUCGAGAGAGGAGUUGAAAACAAUUUCUAAUCCUCUUUGGAAUGAUAACACAGAUGACAGUCAGAAUCCUCAUCUUAGUAACAAUGUGUGUUAUGACUCGGAUUGGUCCACUGGUUGACAGUGGUUUCAGUAAAGGCAUGGCUGCUUCCCUCCAUACUCUC